AUGGCGACCUCCAUGGUAGAACAAUGCGAGACGAUUUGUAAUCGAUUUAACAUAGAAUCGUUGACAGAGAAGCAAGUAAAAAGCGUAAGUGCCAUUGAAAAUGGGAAAGAUGUGUUUUUAAGUACAAGAACUGGUAGUGGGAAGUCUCUUAGUUACGAGUAUUUCCCAGUGUUACAUCCGGGAAAAUGUGUCUUAAUCGUCGCCCCAUUAUUAAGCAUAAUGAAAGAACAGUCUAUAAAACUUGGACUUCUAGGACUUAAAGCAACGUACAUUGGAAAAGAUUUCUUAGAGACUGAUGAAGUGGAACAAGGCUUAUUUGAUUUUUUGUUCGGUAGCCCGGAGACCUUCAUCAAUAACGGCAAGUGGAGAGAGAUGCUGAAAUCAGACAUAUACCAAAACAAAUUACAAUUAAUAGCUGUCGACGAGGCUCAUACGGUUACACAGUGGGGAGAAGGUGACAAAGAUGACGAACCUUUUAGAGAGGCAUUUUCCAAUAUAGGGGAAUUGAGGUCACUCUGCCCUAAAGCAUCUUUGAUUGCUUUAACUGCAACAUCAGGACCAAGUCAGCGUAGGAGAAUUAUGAAAAUGUUAUGUUUUCGGACCAAUGUCGAAGUAAUAUUAGAUUCGCCAGAUCGUGAAAAUAUUAAAAUAACAUCUAUGUGUAUUCCCAAUUCUGACAAUUUAGAAAAAGUGUUUAAAUGGUUGAUCGAUGCUUUAAGGACCCAAAAGGCACAAACUGAAAGGCAUAUAAUUUUUUGUGAAAGUAUCUCAGAUGUCUCCAAAAUUUACACAUUUGUCAAACAUUUUGGCAAUGACUGUCAACUUUUUGAAAUGUUUCACAGCAAGACUGAUGAAAAAGUAAAAGAAAUAAUAUCUGAGGAUAUGAACAAGGAUGGCAACAUCCGAAUUCUUAUCUGCACAAAUGCAGCAGAUACUGCAACAGAUAUCUGUGAAAUUAUCUCUGAUGUUGUUGGUGAUUCUGAUAUGUAUAAUUUUGCUCAGGACACUGAGGAGUCAGAUUGA